GCAUGUGAAAGCCUCGUUGAGCAGACACUCCUGAUUGAUCAGACCACAGCGGACGGACGGACGGACGUCACUUCAGUACAGUUAACAGUGUGAAGAAGACGGAAAAAAAAAGAGCCAAGAUGUGUUGCUCCGGGUUUCUCAAAAUUAUGAUGUUUUUCUUCAAUGGCGGCAUCUUUUUGGCAGGUGCAGCCAUCCUUGGUGUGGGAAUAUGGGUGAAGGUGGACAGUGGUUCUCUGCUGGGUAUGCUGGAGAAUGUGGACAAUGCAUCGUCUGGGUUAUCGCAGCUGGUCAACGUUAGCUACCUGCUCAUAGCAGUGGGUGCAGUGCUGCUGAUUAUCGGCUUCCUGGGCUGCUGCGGAGCUGUCAGGGAGAGCAGGUGUAUGCUGCUGACGUUCUUCAUUAUUGUGCUGAUUAUCUUCCUCGUCGAGGUUGCAGGAGCUGUGGUGCUGCUCGUCUUCCAGGGUUUGGCUGAUGAGCUUCUCCAGAGUCUGGAGGACGAAGUCCGAUCAAGCAUUGAAAGAGACUAUGGAGAAGAUGAAGGCAUGACCUCUCUCUGGAACGCCACCAUGGAUGAGUUUAAGUGCUGUGGAUACAGGAACUACACGGACUUCGACAACUCCCCCUUUCAGAAUCAGCAAGGAGGAAAUGUUUAUCCACCAACAUGUUGCAAUGCAACCAUCAGCACGGGCACAUGUGAUCAAAACAAAGCAAAUAUUUCGAUGGUUGCUGGCUGCUUUGACAAGCUGCUGCAGCUGAUAGAGGAGAACGCUGUGAUCAUUGCAGCUGUGGCUCUAGGAAUUGCUGCUCUUGAGAUUGCUGCCAUGGUGGUUUCAAUGGUUCUUUACAAGAGUGUUGGCAACAAGGCGUGAUGCUUCCUGUUUGAGAUAAGGUGACAACUGGUGGAGCACUUUUCCUUGUAUAUAAUGGUUUUUUUUUUUUUUUUUGAUUCAAAACUGACAGAUAACCUAAGGUGUGCAUGCAGAGCAUUGAAACCAGCCCCUGUCAAGGCAGUCGGUUGACCUGCUGCGUUUCGUUUCAAAACUGAACACAUUUAUACUGUGAUUUAUUUAUGUUUUUAAAAGGGCUGUUGUCAGCUGACAGCUGUGUGCUGAAACAUAUGGCUAAUAAUAUGUAAUGAUGCACAGUGCAGAGGAGAAUCUGCACAAGUUGUGUCAGUUGUUUCCGCCCCACACAUUCACUGCAAUAAUAUGAUAAAGUUAUUUUUGUAUGUUUGAUCAAAUAUAAAUAAUAAAUAUCAGAAUCUUGACUUUUACAACUAAUAAUGAAAUGAUACAGGUUUUCUCUGUAUGACAAUAGGAAGUGGAUUCUAGUCUGAGCAAAAUAAGAAAAAAUGACUAAAGCACCACAUGUAAGAAUUUAAACUGUCUGUGAGUAGAUAUACGACACCCCAAUCCACCAGCGCUACUGGGUUUAUCUGAUCCCAUGCAGAAGAAACAGUUAAUUUACCAUUAUUACUGAAGAUAAGGGCGCAACAAUCAAAGGUUUUUACACCAGUGGAAAAUUUAUAUCAGCUUCAACAAUUAAUGUCCUUUCACUGUCUCUGGCACUGAUUAUAUUAGUGUUACAUUAACUCCUGUACUUUACAGCUGUUUUAUUAACUACAAAUCAGAGUAUCAACUACUAGUGUUGUUUGCAAUAAUCUAUGGCAUGCUUUGGAAAAUACCCAACACUCAGUCAGUAAGAAGAAGUCCAAGUUCAUUUGGAGUGGACUAUGUUGGUGGUUCAU